CAAGCCCUGAGGGAAACUUUGUUCAAGAACGGGAGGAAAAAAAGAGAGGUAGUUAGAAAAAUGGUCCUCCUUUGUUUUGGAGAACACCGAGCAAGAUAAGCAAAAGCCACAGAGCUGACGACUUCCACCACGGCUAGAGCGGCCGAAGAGAAGCAGGAACUUCCGGGGCGGGGCGUCCUAGCCCUCGCCCUUCCGGCUGCAUGUGGGCUUUCGGCUCUCAUAAGGUUCGGUAUUGCUUAGCCCCCACUUCCCUCGCUCUGAGCCGGUGCCUGAGGGCGGGAGUACUCAUGGCCAAAAGCAAAUUUGAGUACGUGCGGAGCUUCGAGGCUGACGACACCUGCCUUCCUCACUGCUGGGUGGUAGUGAGGCUGGACGGCAGGAACUUCCAUCGCUUUGCUGAGAAGCACAACUUUGCAAAACCGAAUGACAGCCGCGCUCUCCACCUCAUGACCAAAUGUGCGCAGACCGUGAUGGAAGAGCUGGAAGAUGUUGCGAUUGCAUACGGGCAGAGCGACGAAUACAGCUUUGUGUUCAAGCCGAAGAGCAACUGGUUUAAAAGAAGAGCCAGCAAGUUCAUGACUCACGUGGCCUCCCAGUUCGCCUCCAGCUAUGUGUUUUAUUGGCGGGAUUAUUUUGAGGAUCAGCCCCUUCUGUAUCCCCCAGGCUUUGAUGGAAGAGUUGUGUUAUAUCCUAGCAACCAGACCUUGAAGGACUACCUCAGCUGGCGGCAAGCAGACUGUCACAUCAAUAAUCUUUAUAAUACAGUUUACUGGACACUUAUACAACGAUCUGGAUUAACCCCCACACAAGCCCAAGAGAGAUUAAAGGGAACUCUGGCAGCAGACAAGAAUGAGAUUUUGUUUUCUCAAUUCAGUAUCAACUACAACAACGAGCCGCUGAUGUACAGAAAAGGGACUGUGUUGAUUUGGCAGAAGGUGGAUGAAGUCACGACAAAAGAAGUUAAGCUGCCAGCAGAAAUGGAAGGAAGAACCAUGGCGGUGACGCGGACGAGCAUGAAGCCAGUGCCGCUGCACUGCGAUAUCAUCGGCGAUGCUUUCUGGAAGGAGCACCCAGAGAUCCUCGAAGGAAACAGCUGACAAUUCUGGCGUGCGCAGCCGUGCGAGGACACCUGGGUCUCUUCUUCUCAGGACCCUCGCCUUCCUGCCAUCCAGAACACUGUGCUGGGGUGACACGACCCCAGGAGGAGGGAGCGGGGAGGGCACGUAGAAAGGGUGAUGCCUUCUGCUUGCGCUGGCUGG